AUGGCUAUCAUUGAUCAAAAUAGCCCUUACUAUUUACAUCCUGGAGAAAACCCCUUAGCAGCGUUGGUUUCUCCUCUUUUGGAUCCAACCAAUUACAAUUCAUGGAGUCGGAGUAUGCUCACUGCUUUGAGUGCAAAGAAUAAAUCAGAAUUUGUGGAUCAAACCCUAUCUAAGCCAUCCACGACCGAUGACCUAUAUCCUGCAUGGAAAAGAUGCAAUAACAUGGUAGUCUCAUGGUUGGUGCAUUCGAUUUCGCCUUCAAUUCGUCAAAGCAUAUUAUGGAUGAAUCAAGCUGAUGAUAUUUGGAAGGAUUUGAAGUCCAGAUAUUCUCAAGGUGAUUUACUGAGAAUAGCAGAAAGCAUCAAUAAAACAAGACCGGAUCUGUCUUGCACAUGCAUACCAGCGUGUUCGUGUAAGGCACUCACUGAAAGCAUUGAAAGGAAGCAGCAGGAUCAGAUUAUGCAGUUUUUAGGUGGAUUAAAUGAUCAAUAUAAUGAUCAAGAAAGACAAUGUACUAACCUUACCAUGAGUAAUAUGAGUAUGAUAAAUGCAGCCACAACAAAUGCCAGUAACAAGGUGUCUUGCACAUUUUGUGGAAAAGAUUAUCACACAGCCGAUAAUUGUUACAAAAAGAGUAGUUAUCCAUCAGGAUCUUCAUACAACAGAGGAGGAAUAAGAGGAGGUCGAGGCUAUUCAUCAAAUAGGGGAGGCUUUGGCGGAAGAUCAAAUUCAGGUUCACACAACUCCAAGGUUUACACUUUUUGCAAUAUCACUGGACACACUAUUGAUGAAUGCUUUAAGAAGCAUGGCUACCCUCCUGGACAUAAAUUGCAUAGACCUGUUAUGGUGAACAAUGCUGCUACAAGUAAUACUGAAAGACCCAUUGAUCACACCCAAGUAUCUGAAUCGAAUGUGCCACAAAUCACUCCUCAGCAAUAUCAACAUUUGAUAGAUCUGCUGCAGCAAACACAAUUGGGAUCCUCUACAACUACUUCCCGUAUAAAUCAAAUUGGUACAACCUUUUCUCCAAAUACUUCUUUUAUAGGUAAUGUGCUACCAAUUUCUCAUGUUACAAACCAUGUCACGUGGAUUAUAGAUUCCGGAGCUAGUGAUCAUGUAUCUUCUUCCUUGAAUCUAUAUUCAUCCUAUAAAGCUAUUGAUCCCAUUAUGGACAGACACAGCAAGAGGAUGAUUGGUAUAGUUGAUGCUUUAGAUGGAUUGUAUACACUCAAGACCUCUGUUAGCUCCAUCAACACCACAAUUUGUAAUAAGGAAGCUAUUGAUAUUUGGCAUUAUAGAUUAGGCCACCCCUCCCAUGAUAGGUUACAU